AGCUCCCAUCUCCAGUAAACAUGUCGCUGGAGUCGUGCAGUAAGUUACUCUGCAGAAUGAACAGACUGAGACUCUGUCUACUGAACAUCAGCACUAACAUCGGCACUAACAUCAGCACUAACAUCAACACCGGCUGUCUGAAUGGCAGGAGGAGUUUUACAUCCCAGCUGAAAGGUGUGAAGCAGAUUAAACCACUAGAUGGCAUGAGAGUCUUAGACCUCACCAGAGUCCUGGCUGGUCCUUUUGCCACAAUGAUCCUGGGAGAUUUGGGGGCAGAGGUCAUCAAAGUUGAGCGACCAGGACCUGGAGAUGAUACAAGAGCAUGGGGACCUCCGUUUGUACGUGAGGAGAGUGCAUAUUUCCUGAGCGUGAACAGGAAUAAAAAGAGCAUUGCUGUUAAUCUUAAAGAUCCGAACGGGGCCAAGCUGAUAACAGAGCUUGCCAGAAAUUGUGAUAUACUGGUGGAAAAUUAUCUUCCCGGUAAACUGGACGAGAUGGGACUCGGCUACAAGGACAUGAGCGAAGCGGCUCCGCAUAUUAUCUACUGUUCCAUUACGGGUUAUGGUCAGACUGGACCCAAAUCGCACAAACCGGGAUAUGACUCCAUAGCGUCCGCAGCGUCAGGGAUGAUGCACAUCACAGGUCCUGAGGACGGGGAUCCAGUAAGGCCUGGAGUUGCCAUGACUGAUCUGGCCACUGGACUGUAUGCUCAGGGAGCGGUGAUGGCUGGCCUGCUGCUGAGACAGAAAACUGGACGAGGUCUUCACAUCGACUGUAACCUGCUCUCAUCUCAGGUGGCUUGCCUCACUCACAUUGCUGCGAAUUACCUCAAUGCAGGAAAAGAGGCCAGACGAUGGGGAACGGCUCACGAGAGUAUCGUCCCGUACCAGGGCUUCAAAACAAAAGAUGGAUACAUUAUUGUGGCUGCUGGGAACGAUCAUCAGUUUGUCACAGUGUGCAAAGUCCUGAACCUGAGCGAACUGGCAGAAAAUCCGAAGUACAAGACCAACACGUUACGAGUCCAGCACCGCAAAGAGCUGCUGCAGCUUCUGGCUGAAAGGUUCCUUGAGGAGUCUACGGCUAAGUGGCUGAGAUGCUUCGAAGGCACCGGAGUCCCCUGUGGCCCUAUUAACACCAUCCAGCAGGUGUUCUCCGACCCCCAGGUUGUUCAUAAUGGACUGAUUUUUGAGAUGGACCACCCAACUUCAGGAAAGAUUGCAGUGCCAGGUCCUGCUGUCCGGUUCAACAGUUUUGAGUUUGACAAACCAGCUCCACCCCCUGUGAUUGGUCAGCACACAGUCGAGGUCCUGAAGGGCAUCCUGGGCUACAGUGAUGAUGUCAUCAACCAGCUGCUGACUUCACGGACCGUCACACAAAAUAGCGUUUAUUAAUGCCAGCGAACAAGGCAUGGUCGUGUCCAGUCCCAAAGUACAACCGCACAGCCACCGAAUAAACACCAUUGCUCUCUAACACACACAUGCACAACGACCUGACACUAUGGGAGAAAUAUUGUUCCACCUCCCACACUCACUGGUUAUGUUUUUGAAAUUAAUCGGGCAAAAAAGCCAACCCGAAAGCAAGCCGCAAAUGUAACAAUAACAACAGAAUGACGCAUGAGGAGGCUCUGAGGUUCUGGCCUGCCAGUUGGCGUGUCCAGUGGAAUGCGGUCUGGCUCAAUGACCUGCGCUCACAUUCACAUCACCUCACACUCUUCUUCCUGUUUUAUUGAUCAAUAACGUAUGCAGACUCCCUUCUGGAUAAGCUUUCAAAUCAAACAUUCAGUAAUGGGAAAGAUGGAAAAUCUAUUCCUCAGCUCUUUGGGCUGUUAAAAUUUCAAGCUGAGUUUUCAUCACCAUUUGGGAGAAAUUCACAAUCUCUGACUAAACGCCAAGCCUAGCGUGGAAAUACCCUACGGCAGACGAUAUACGGCACACCUCGUAACGUCGGCCUUUACUUUACUUUAUAAAGCUUUUUAUCUAUUGGUCAUUUCUUGUAAUCACACAUUUAUACCUGCACUACAGUUUACUCAGAAGAAACAUUACCUCUCACUUUGUUUUUAACAUGCAUUUCAUUCAUGGUUUAAUUCAAACAAAAGAGCGUUCUUAUUCUUACAUGCUUUCGUUUAUAGUCAUCAUUUAAUCCAAAGAAUAUUUUUAAAGCUGCACUUUUUUUUUGUCCUGUUAAUCAUGUCGAGUCACACGCAGGACUAUAUUUAGUAGAGGUGACAUCAUAUCUAGGAAAGUACCUUCUACCCCAAAGUGCUGAAACUGACCUGAUGUUUUUGCAAAACUACAUUUAGUUCAAAUCAUUUACUAUUUUAAAAGCACUGCUUGUGACAUCUCGGGUAUUAGGUUUUUGUUUUGUUUUGUUUUUUGUCUGCUUUUUGUUGUACCUAAGAAUUAGCACCAUGACUUCACUACAGCUGUGAUAAUAGUUAUAUUUUUUAACCUAAUAAGCACACUUUAAUGUCACACUUAUUAUGUGGGUAUUACAGUUUCUGAUGGUUUGUUUGUAUGUUUGUUUUUUGUGUGUAUAAUAAAACCUCACGAUGUUAUAAAUGGAUAAAUAGAGCGAUAAAUAAAAUCCAUUGUUCUAUUUUAAUCUCUUGAUAAAUGUGGCUAUUUAUAACUAGCUGGAAGUAGCUGUGGCUACAAAAUACAAGUACAAAGCGAACUGUGAUUUUGUUAUAGCUGUUAAACCAUGCUGUUAGAGAUAUGUACAAAAUAAACCAACACACUACACAAUGACGUUCAGGGAAAUAAAUUGAAGUGGAAGCUCCA